CUAAAAUAAUUAUCAUUAUUUCUUCCUUCUCUCUGCUCUGCCUCUGUCUUCUAAAAAAAAAACCCAUCCAUUUUUACACACAAAAGCCCUCCUUUUUUUGCCCAUCUCUCCUUUGUUUUUCCCUCAUUAAAUUUAUUUACCAUUUUGCCCCUCACUGAGAUUAGAUCCGUCUUCUCCAUUUUCAGGGUUUUAUAACUCUCUCCGAUCUCAUAACGAAGUUUUUUUAACUUGCAUUUCGUUGACUUUUCACCAUUAAAACGCUGCGUUUCGCAGGAUUAUAUAGUUCUUUUUAGAGAUGUUAGGUACCGGAUUGCAAUUUAGCGGCCGCGGUCGUACCGGAGAUGACCGGUUUUAUCGGUCAGGUAACGGACGGAGAAGCUUUAAUAAUCAUCAUUAUAAGAAUCAGCAUAAUGAUCAACUCCGUCGAGCUCAGAGCGAUGUCACGCCGGCGACGGUGGCGACUCAAUCGCCGACGAGAGUUGAGAAAUCUGAAAAAUCGGCGUUUUUGGAUAGAGAGGCGGGAAACUUGACCGAUUCUGCUAAACCGGUUGUUGAACCGGUGGUUUCUCCGUUGAGUAAUUUAGAACGGUUUUUAGAGUCGAUUACACCUUCGGUUCCGGCUCAGUAUCUGUCUAAGACUACAGUGCGGGGAUGGAGAACUUGUGAUGUGGAAUAUCAGCCGUAUUUUGAAUUAAGUGAUUUAUGGGAUUCUUUUAAAGAAUGGAGUGCUUAUGGUGCUGGUGUGCCUGUUAUUUUGAAUGACAGUGAUUCUGUUGUUCAGUAUUAUGUUCCUUAUCUAUCUGGUAUUCAAAUUUAUGGGGAGUCUAUGAAAACUUGUGUUAAGUCCAGGAGACACGAGGACAGUGAUAGUGAUUUUAGAGAUUCAAGUAGUGAUGGUAGUAGUGACUGUGAACCUGAAAGAGGACUGAAGGGCUCAAGAGAACAGUGGAAUCAUCACCAUUUAAGAAAUGAAGUUCCUGUACGAAUGAAUGGAUUAUCACUUAGAGAUCAUCAGGAAGACUUCUCUAGUGAUGAUGGCGAAUCUAAUAGUUCUGAAGGUUGUUUGCUGUUUGAGUAUCUUGAAAGAGACCUUCCGUACAGCCGGGAGCCAUUGGCUGACAAGAUUUCAGAUCUCGCAUUACGUUUCCCUGGUUUGAAGACACUAAGAAGCUAUGAUCUACUUCCGUCAAGCUGGAUUUCUUUGGCCUGGUAUCCAAUUUACAGGAUACCAACAGGACCUACGCUAAAAGACCUGGAAGCCUGCUUUCUGACAUAUCAUUCUCUUCACACACCUUUGGGAGGUGCACAAACUGCUCAAUCUCCAGUUCUAACAUAUCCCAGCGAGAUGGAUGGGGUGCCUAAAUUGUCGUUGCCUGUUUUUGGACUUGCAUCAUACAAGUUCAAGGCACCGUUGUGGACACCUAGUGGCGGAAGUGAACGACAAUUGGCAUAUUCUCUUUUACAGGCGGCGGACAACUGGUUGAGAUUGAUUCAGGUGAAUCAUCCAGAUUUCGUGUUUUUCUGCCGUAGGUGAUACAAAGAUACGGAUACCACACUCCUUCCAUUCAUCAUAGAAGCUAGAAAAGCCAAAUGCACUUGGUACAUGAAAGAAUUGUGUGAGCUAAAAUUAAUCCCUUAUUUUAUGGAAAGCAAACAUGUCGAGUCAGGUGCAUGUUUGAUUUUGGCUAUUUAGGAUAGUUUUUUAUUAGAGAAAAAUUAAAAACAUAAAAAAAAAAUUGUAAAAAAAAAAGAAAAAAAUAGAAAGAAAACUUAAGAAUGGAAGGAGCGUAACAAGUCUUUAGCAAACAUGAAUAGAGAAAACACAGUUAGGAUAAGCUGCCGAAUGGAGAGCUGAAGGAGCGGGUUCAGGUUACUUUCAGUGAAGCUUGGGGUUGUCCCUUGAGAUUUUGUAAUGAAAAACCAGGCACGUUUUUUAUGCCCUGCCGAUCUGUGUUAGCAUGUAAUAUGUUUCUCAACGUUUUUAAGGGGAUUUUGAUAGGAAGUUUGUGUUUUAAAGUUUGCAGUUGCCCCGAUUAUGUAUUUUAACGCUAAUUCGUAUGUUUAUCAUACAAGUAAUCUAUUAAAAAAGGAUGCUAUGAUAAAUCAACUGAUUGAUUAGGUUAAA